AAAAAUGGUAGCAAAAAGAACAAUAAAAUCAUUUUUCUGCGAAAAUAGCGCGAUUUUGGAAUUUUCUCAAAAUAUCUUUAAAUUUAGUGGUACAUUAAUCCAUUAUUCUUGUACCUUGCUGUGCCAAAAUUGUAAAAUCAAUGUGUAAUCACCAUUUACUCUAUGCUUAAACAAAGAUAUUGCAAGCAAAUUAACGGAAACAGGCGGCCCCUCCGAGAUGUUCCGCUAGCGCAGCCCUGGCGGACAUCGUCCCAGUUGCCUCAACGGAUCGAACAGCUGCGUAAUCGUGAAAACGGACCAAAGUUACACCACAUAAUAAAUAUUUUCUUCAAUUAUAACUGGAAGAACACUAAUAAGUGAUGAUGAGAAUAAUUUAGUGAAAAGUGGUACAUAACUACAAGAAUAAGAGCGGCAUUCGUGAUUUCAAUGAAACAUGAAAAUGGAAGAUUCCUUUAUUAUAGCCAAUUUUAAUUCUCUGUGUCGCCUUUGCCUCGGUAAAAGUAGACUCGCCAUCUCAAUAUUCGGAGCUGCACCUGAUGACAUUAAUAACGUAUCAUUGACCUCCAAAAUAGCUGAAUGUUUUGAGUUACAGAUCGAUCCUAAUGAUGGUUUACCUGGCAGGAUUUGUUACAAGUGCUUAUUCAAAGUGGACAAGUGUUCAAAAUUCAAAUUACAAUGUAUCCAAAGUGAAAACAGACUCAGACAAAUCACAAAUCGUAUAAAUGAAGUAGAUACUUCAAACUCAUCUGAAAUUACUAAUUACACAUACAGCAAUUCCCAAGAUGAACAGAAACAUAAGCCUGAAGAUUUUAUUGUUGAAGAUAGCGUUGUGAUGGUGGUUGAUCCUAGUCUUGAUUAUGAUUCUUCGGAUGAUUCUGAAAAUGUAGAAACUGUGGAGCAAGAAAAUACUGAUCGAGGCAAUACUCCUGAUGCGGAUGCAAUUCCGGAAACAUUUUUCAAGAAUGUUUCAAUGUGCCAAUAUUGUGAUCAAGCUUUCAUUUCACAAGAAAAAUGUAAAGAGCAUGAACUAAACUAUCAUGAUCCAGACAUGCCUUUUAAAUGUUAUGAAUGCAGUUUGGCUUUUGUGGAAAGAAAUCAGUAUGUACAGCAUACGAAACAUGUCCAUGGAAAUGACAAGCCCUAUCAUUGCCCUGAAUGUAAUAAAUGUUUUGGACGAAGAUCUGAUCUAAGAAAACAUUCUAUUGUACAUACAGGUAUCAGACCUUACCAGUGUCAAUUUUGCUUGAAGAGUUUUUCACGUAACACAAACUUGAGCAAACACUUGAGAAUACACGCUGGUCACAGACCUCAUGUUUGCCCUCUGUGCCCUCGUAGCUUUGUAGCCAAAGGUGACCUACAACGACAUGUUCUUGUUCAUUCUGGCAUGAAGCCUUAUUCGUGCAGAAAAUGUCCCUCUACAUUUGGACGAAGAGAUAAGCUCAUUAAACAUGAACUAAAACAUGGAAUUGUUGCCACUGAGGAUAAACCUGAAGACUAUGCCAACAGUGUUAAACAGGAUCCAAAUGACAUUGUUGUCAGUGUCAAUCCUUUCAGUAACCUCAUGACUUCUCCAACACAAAAUUCAGAUCCUUCAAACCCUACUUACGAACUUCCUAGUGUUCCUGACCAUAUUUCUGGGGAAAGUAGUUUUAUAAAGAUGCAAAAAGAUCCCUCCACAUCACAUAAACAACAAAACUCAUCACCAAAAAAGGCUACACCAGUUAAGAACAGACCAAAAAACAUAAAAUGCCAUCACUGCACAAAAAAGUUUUCUUCCCUAGAUGCAUACAAAACUCAUGUUUCAAUUGCUCAUAUGGGAUCAAGAGGAUUUCAAUGUAAAAUAUGUUUUAAGAAAUUUUCCAAAAAAAGGGAGUUAGAUCGACAUGCUCCAAUUCACACUGGAGGUAAACAAUUAGCUUGUGACCACUGUGAUAAAAAGUUUACUAAAAAAGACAAAUUUGAUAAACACAAACAGUCACAGGAAUGUUUGGUUGUGAAUAUGCCUUGUAUAGAGUGUGGUGUUACCUUUGAAAAGAAAGCUGACUUGGUUGCACAUAUUAAAUCACACUUCAAUGAUACCUAUGAUAAGUUACAGAUUCCAGAUGUUGAGAUUAAAGUAGAGAAAGAUCCAGAAAUACCAUGUGAUGAAAACUAUUAUGAUUUGGGAACAUGAGAUUCAGACAUAAUAUUUAGGAAAUGUUAUUUAUUGGAAUAGUUUUCUAAAGAUAGUUAGUUUAAUAGUUAAUGGUUACAUAUUUAUAGGUUUUAUCAAAAUAAUGCUAGAAUCUUUCUGUUUAAACUACAAUACUUUCUUAAAUUGUUUCAAAGUAUUACUAAAUUAAUUCUAAUCCUAUGUUUUUUUUUGUUAAAACACACAGUAGUGAGAAAGUAUUCAUUUAAUAUAGGAACCAUGGUAAGUAUCAUAAAAUAGCCUAGACUAAACAGUUAUAAUCCCCAAUAAACUAUGUUAUUAAUAUUCUUGAUCUCUUUUGUAUAACAGUAUGAUCAUAUCGACGCUUGAAAGGCAAACGUGACUAAGCUACAAUGCGUGAACUUUACAGUAGACUAAUUUAAAGUUGAAAUACCUGAAAACA